AUGAUAGUUUUCUAUGGAUCUUUCGACUCCUCAUCCGAUUGUGAAGUUCAAAGUUCUAUCACAACUUGGGAUGAUUGUCUAACUGCGUGUAAAUCAACAAAAGCUUGUUAUGUGGGUUUUGAAAAAGCCAAUUCUCUUUAUAUUCAACUUUUUUCAGCAAACUUUCACUGACUCACUGACAUCUACAACUUGCAGAUUCUGCGGUUUCGGAGCUCUUACUAAUCUCCAAUACCUGAAUCAGGUCUCUGACACAAUUAUUGCGAUCAAAAGUGAUACCACAACAUGUCCAUCUGAAUUAUCUACUGAACUUUUGCCAUCUUUGAAAGUUUGCAACGGAACUGCCCCUAGCAAAUUUGUCCGCGAGAAAUACACAGUUUGCAGCAUGCGUCGCAAAUAUACUACCUACUGUACUAAAUCCGUUGCCUCUGACUAUUGUGCUGAAAUUGGCGCGAUAAUAAUUGGAAUGGAAAAUUCUGCAGAAACUACUAAAAUGACGUGGCGAAACCCGACUUAUACAGCGGAUACAGGUUCAUGGCUCGCGUUGGUCAGGGUAAAUGGUACUUUCGUUUGGCAAGACCCGUGGCUAACUGGGGAUGGAGAUAUUAAUUGGGCUGCAGGUCAUCCGAUGACCGGAUACAAUUGCGGAGUACUUCAAGUUAACACAAGUCUGAUUCAAAGUCAAAGGUUGUUUUUGGUUCUUUCUAACCCCGCCUCCACCAAUUAAUGUAUUUUCAGAUGCGAAGUCACAACCUGUUCCGGCUCAUUUUGUCCUCAAUUCGUAGUCUGCGGCUGGUUGAUGCAGUAA